CUGUAUUAGUUCAUAUGGCUGCAUCUGAAUCUACAAUCAUCUUGAAGUUUAUUUAAGAAUAAGUCGUGGCACCUCUAGGAAAGUUCAGUGUUUUAACCCAUUCACGGGUGAGUCAAAACUGCAGCCUUGAAUCACACACAUCUCCUUCCAACAAAAAGGGAAAUGCAUUGGAUUCAGUCCUGUAAACUAGAAAUGAUGACUCACCAUCAAAUUUAUAGAUAAAAAUACGAGUGUGUUGAGGUCACGGCAAAGAUCUUGCGGCUGAACCACGGGCCUUGUGAGAAGAACCGGCAUCUUCUCCACUGGAGGAUCUUAUCGUCUGUUGUGAUGGUCACCGUGGUGGGAGCACAGAUGUCCCACAGGCCCUGUAGAAGCACACACCACCCCCCCCGCCGAUGCAUCCAGUAGGAUGCAUGUCAGGUGGGUCGGCCAUCUCACCAGGCACGGGUGGCCGCCCGCCUGGAGCCCCGUUUGGCUCUUCCUCUCCUAUGGCCUGUCUUCACAGUAACCUCCUGCCACGUGAGGAGCGCUUGGGCUGAGGAGGGGACUCCUUACCCAGACGCUUCUCUCCCGGAGCUGGAUUUCCUACACCUGAUGAUGGCCAAGAACAGGGUCUCUGCCCACCACAUGGACUCCUGGGCACUUCCUCCUCCUGGAGAGCCUGGACCAUGCUUUUGGGGGCUUGAGAAUCAUUUUCUAAAAUAUCUCUGGGAGGUCGUGUGCCUGGUAGCAGGACAGAGUGGGCAGGGAAAGGGGACCACCCUGGUCCGUUCAGCCCUAACUUCCCGGCCAGGUGGGCCGUGCCUGGUUCCUAGCGUUCUUCACAGCAGUUCCCACCAGAACCCGGAGGGAGGGUAUUGGAAAGUUUCCUUUCCUUCCCUUCUUCCUUUUAUCAAACACCACCACCCUAUUUUCUGCAAACUCCAUUUCCAGUCAGGGUUUGUGCAAGAUCAACACACAUUUGAAUUCUUGGAGAAUGUUGCAGUUAGAAAUAACGGUUAUAACCCAAACCCUCAAUAAUUCUAAUCUCUCUUAGGAGAUACAUUAAAAACACCGUGCGUGUUUCUAAGGGUUGCUGUCAGUUUAGCACGAGAUGAGCCCUUUCUUCACACGUCUGAUUUGAUUAGCAACAAAAGUCUUGCUGUUACAAGCGAAGGGCAUUGCGGCAGAAGCCCACCAAUCCCUGAUGAUUUCCGGGCCGUGUCCAGUAGGACGCAUGUCAUUCCUGGGAGGAAAUGAAGCCAGUCAGAUGCUCCUUCCUGUGAAUUCGCAGAAAGCCGUCCCCAAACUGGGAUGUGUCUGAAGUCGGUGCAGGAAGGCGAGUUGUUUCCGAGCGCAGCGUUGGGCGCACGCCGUGCGGGGUGUGACACCCAGACUUCCAGGUCAGAGAAGCACACCCGGAGCACCCCUCAGUUGCCCCCGGGCCUGCCGCCGGACUCGGCCGUUUUUCUCCUCCUUGUACCCUCGGACGGGAUGCCUCUGCCUAGGGGACCCGGUGGCCUGACUUGAAGGUUUGCCAGAAAAGUCCCUUUGAUGGGGUGCUGUGCGCGGCCGCCUCUCUGGGCCUUUUGCUGAGCCGAGAAAACCCUGUGCUGGGCAGUCGUGUCCUCCUUGGGGUCAGAGCAGGACGGCAGAGGCCUCCUUGCUGGGUGGGGGAGGAGAGGGGCUGCUGCCCUGUUUGCUCAGAGCUGUUCCGACCUCAGGACGAGAGAUAGCGCGUGGGUAGGGGCUCAGGGUGCAGGAACUUGGGCGCUCGACCGAAGGCUGACGUGACUCGGCUCCCCGGGUCGUGUCCCGCAGGCACAGGCACUAUGGCUGGUGUGGCUGCACUGGGGCUGCUCCGGGCCCUGGUCCCCACGAAGCUUCACGCUGUAGCCUCGUGCACGCCCCUUGGACUCCUGACCUCUGCCUCUGGCCCCUAGAAAAGUCUAUUCAGCCUCAGCCUCUUUGCCCCGAUAGCCCUUCGGAGGACCGUCUCCCGUCCUUCAUCUGCGGGAAGGCCCCAGCAUGCUCAGGGGUCCGCUGUUCCCAGGGUCGGCGAUGGGAGGGCCAGGGGUGGAGGCCCUCCGGGCUUCUUGGCUAGGCAGCCCUCUGCCGCCGCCUGCACCUGCACCACCCUGCAGCCCCCGGAGCCCGUGCUACUCCCCAGCCCCACCCCCUUGAGGCCGGGCCCUGCUGGGGGCUUCCCCGCCUGCCCCAUGCUCUCCCUGUUCCGCCCAAGCAAAACUCCUCUUUCUGGAGGUCUCCAGGCGUGGGUCAGAGUCUUUGAUCAACACUUACAUCCAGCCUUGCAUGACCAGUUGACUUCCCUCUCUGGGGGAUGUUGAUGUUUUCCAAGAAAAAUGAAUUUUAAUGGAAAAGGGGUCUCUUCAGGGCUCCUCCGGGGCCCACGGCUGGCCUGUCCCAGGGAGUAAAAUGUGUCCGCUCUGAGCCAUAGACCCUCGCCAGCCCUGCCGCCAGGCUCGCAGUGAGGUGAGGGUCCUGCCUGGGGAGGAAGGCGCCUGGAACCCGCACCCCAGCCCGGUCUGAGUGCCCCACAGCCUACACCCUGUGUGUCCGCCCCGCUGCCACUGGGGCCUGGACCUGUGCCCCCUCCUCCGGCCAUUGGUCCCGUGGCCUGUACUUUGGAGGUCCCUGUGGAAUGCGACAGGUGCCUCUGGCCCUCCCGCACCUUGGAUUUCCGUGGAAUUGACAAGAUCAGAAGCAUCAGGUGACUGAGAAAAUGUAGCGGAGCCCAGCUCGGCGUGCACAGCCCAGCCCGGACGAGCGGCCCGCCCCGAGCGCUCCUCGGGCCACCCUCACCAUGUCCAAGAAGGGCGCGGGCGGCCGAAGCAAGGGGGACAAGGCAGAGGUCCUCGCGGCGCUGCAGGCCGCCAACGAGGAGCUGCGGGCCAAGCUCACCGAGAUCCAGAUCGAGCUGCAGCAGGAGAAGAGCAAGGUCAGCCGUGUGGAAAGGGAGAAGAGCCAGGAGCUCAGGCAGCUGCGGGAGCACGAGCAACACAAGAGCGCCGUCCUGCUCACCGAGCUCAAGACGAAGCUGCACGAGGAAAAGAUGAAGGAGCUGCAGGCCCUGCGGGAGACGCUGCUGCGGCAGCACGAGGCUGAGCUGCUGCGGGUCGCCAAGGUCAAGGACAGCGAGAACCAGCGGCUUCGGGCGCUGCUGCACGCCCUGCGUGACAGCGCCCCCGACAAGGUGCGCGCCAUGCUGCUGUCCGAGGCCAAGGAGGAGGCGCGCAAGGGCUUCGAGGUGGAGAAGGUGAGGAUGCAGCAGGAGAUCUCCGAGCUCAAGGGGGCCAAGAAGCAGGUGGAGGAGGCGCUGACGAUGGUCGCCCAGGCCGACAAGGUCAAGGCCGCGGAGAUCAGGAGUGUGUACCACCUGCACCAGGAGGAGAUCUCCCGCAUCAAGAAGGAGUGCGAGCGGGAGAUCCGCCGGCUGAUGGAGGAGAUAAAAUUUAAAGACAGAGCAGUCUUCGUGCUGGAGAGAGAGUUAGGGGUUCAAGCCGGGCAUGCUCAGAGACUUCAGCUCCAGAAAGAGGCUCUAGAUGAGCAGCUGUCCCAGGUCAAAGAGACCGAUCGGCACCUGGGCAGCCCCAGACGGGAGCUUCCUCACGCAAGCGGUGCAGGAGACGCCUCAGACCACUCGGGAAGCCCUGAACAGCAGUUGGAUGAAAAGGAUGCUCGGCGUUUCCAACUUAAGAUUGCGGAGCUGAGCGCGAUCAUCCGGAAACUCGAGGACCGCAAUGCCCUGCUGUCGGAGGAGAGGAACGAGCUGUUGAAGCGUCUAAGGGAAGCUGAAAGUCAGUACAAGCCGUUGCUGGACAGAAACAGACGCCUGACUCGGAAAAACGAAGAUCUGUCCCACGCUUUACGUCGGAUGGAGAACAAGUUAAAAUUUAUCACCCAGGAGAACAUAGAGAUGAGACAGAGAGCUGGCAUCCUAAGGAGACCCAGUUCCUUAAACGACCUGGACCAGAGCCAGGACGAAAGAGAGGUUGACUUCCUGAAGCUGCAGAUCCUGGAGCAGCAACACCUCAUAGACGAGCUCUCCAAGACGCUGGAGACGGCCGGCUACGUGAAGAGCAUGUUAGAGCGUGAUAAGCUUUUAAGAUAUCGGAAACAAAGAAAGAAGAUGGCAAAACUCCCCAAGAAGCCGGUUGUCGUGGAGACCUUCUUUGGAUACGAUGAAGAGGCUUCCCUGGAAUCUGACGGUUCUUCCAUCUCUUAUCAAACGGACAGGACAGACCAGACCCCGUGCACCCCAGACGACGACCUGGAGGAGGGCCUGGCCAAGGAGGAGACGGAGCUGAGGUUCCGGCAGCUGACUAUGGAGUACCAGGCCCUGCAGCGGGCCUAUGCGUUGCUGCAGGAGCAGGUCGGAGGGACGCUGGACGCAGAGCGAGAAGUUAAGACCCGUGAGCAGCUACAGGCGGACGUGCAGAGGGCGCAGACGCGGAUCGAAGACCUGGAGAAGGCCCUGGCAGAGCAGGGGCAGGACAUGAAGUGGAUUGAAGAGAAGCAAGCGCUGUAUCGGAGAAAUCAAGAGCUCGUAGAAAAGAUUAAACAAAUGGAGACAGAAGAGGCUCGGUUAAAGCAUGAGGUCCAGGAUGCGAAGGACCAAAACGAGCUGCUGGAGUUCCGGAUCCUGGAGCUAGAGGAGAGGGAGAGGAAGUCGCCGGCCAUCAACUUCCACCACACCCACUUCGUGGACGGGAAGAGCCCCCUGCAGGCAUACUGCGAGGCCGAAGGCGUGAUGGACAUCCUGGUCUCGGAGCUGAUGAAGAAGCUGGACCUCCUGGGGGACAACGCCGUAAGUAAUCUGACCAAUGAGGAGCAAGUGGUCGUCAUACAAGCCAGGACAGUCCUGACCUUGGCCGAAAAGUGGCUGCGGCAGAUCGAAGAGACGGAGUCGGCCCUGCAGCGGAGGAUGGCGGACCUGGAGAGCGAGAAGGAGCUGUUCAGUAAACAGAAGGGCUACCUGGACGAGGAGCUGGACUACAGAAAGCAGUGCUUGGACCAAGCUCACAAGCACAUCCUGGAGCUGGAAGCCAUGCUGUACGACGUCCUGCAGCAGGAAGCUGGGGCCAAAGUGGCAGAAAUGCUGCAGGAGGAGGAGCGCGAGAAGCUCAGGGUGGCGGUGGAGCAGUGGAAGCGCCAGGUCAUGAGCGAGCUGCGCGAGCGGGACGCCCAGAUCCUGCGGGAGCGCAUGGAGCUGCUGCAGCUGGCGCAGCAGAGAAUUAAAGAACUAGAAGAAAGAAUAGAAGCUCAGAAGAGACAAAUAAAGGAACUGGAGGAAAAGCUUUCAUUCUGUGGUCAUAGCUCUCCUGGGCACCCUGGCGUGCCCUCCGAGGAGCCAGACCCCUUUCCUGCAGUUGGACCAGAGAGCAGCAGGUGCCCUGGUGGCAGAGGGAGACGCCGCAUCUCAUUCCUGAAGACUCAAGAGGAUCUGGGCUCUGUAUACCCCCUCCCGUCGAGGAAGAGGGAGAAAGGGGGUCUUUGAGCACCUCUGCGGGGGACUGUCCAUUUUGAUGAGCCAGAAUUAGAACUAGUUCUCUGACUGGGGCUCCUCUGAAGAGACCUUGUCUUGGCUGUGGACCCUGGGGUCCUUCCUCGGGACGCGGCCUCCCAAUCCUAGUUACAGGGACGCACGAGUCCCCUGCUGCACAGGUGUGAAGAGCUGCUUCUGUGCAGGAGCCCCAAACUCCCACCUCCCGUUGUUCCCUUGAUGACCAAAAGGUGUCUCAAAGGAAGAUUCCCAGAAACAACGCAGGCACCCCGCAAAAUGACGCAAUGAAGCUGCCACCACGGUGGUGACCUUCGUUCAGGGAAAUGGGGACGGUUCAUGGAGCAUCUCAAGGACCGUUGCCCCGUGUCUUCCAGGACGGACGGGCUGUGAAGACGCCGUGACUCACUGGCUGGGGUCCUGAGCACUUACUGAGCGACACAUCCUGCCACCCUGCCUUGUUGAUGACGCUGUCACUCGCGGGAACAGAACUGUGGCUGCCAUGAUGCCAUCAGCUUCCCGCACUGAGCUGCGCCGAGGGACUGACCAAAGGGAUGACUGGGGAGCCUGGUAGUGGGAGCUGGGACCAGAGCAAUGGACCGACUGGGAAGGGGCGUGAGCUUGUCAGAGACUCAGGGGCCAGAGGACACCUCGGGCUGUGCAGCACCGUGGAGCCCCUCAGGCUGCAAGCGGCCAAAGCUGCCCCGUGCAGAGCUCCAGCCUGCACGCUCAAUGGGCAGCGCCCAGCGAGGAUGACCGUGCCCCGGGGCUCUGCGGACGUGAGAAGGGGGCCCGACGCCCAGGUGCCCAGCAGAGGAGAAGCAGCACGUCGCUGAAGCCUAUUUGAAGCGUGAUUUCCAUUCCUGCCGAGCAUCCUGGUCCACAGCCGACUCACGGCUUGGAGGUGGUGCAUCUGUUGACCUCGCACCCUUGGGGGCCUAAGGUUGUGCUGUCAGUGCUGAAUUUGCAAGGGGUACGUGUGCAUGUGUGUGUGCACGCAUGAGUCUGUGUGUGAGCACACGCUUGUGCUCUAUCAGAAGACAGUGCACAGGACUGGGCUCUCUGAGGCACCUAGAAGUUGACCUGCUACGUAAUGAGAGUGCAGCCAGACGAGAAUGUAACGGACAACAUUGUAUAAAAGAAACAUAAACUGCAUCGCCCAGUGGCUGGAGGGAGGUGCGCCUAUGUUGUCUGGAAGUGUUAGGUUCACUUUAUAUUUGUGUCGGAAGAAACGUUCAACUACGGUGCAGACGACAGUGGCAGCCAGACCAGGAUGAACUGGGAGAAAGCUUAUAGGAUCAGACAGACGUGCUUUUUUCUCUAGAGGGUGCAGGUUUUCCGCUGGGCAAUGCAUUGUUAAUCAACACUUGUCCAAGAAGGACACAUCCUUUCUAUUGUCAUUAAAGCCACAGUCACUUAGUCACUUGAACAAAAAACGGGGCCAGUUCACUGCUUCUCCAGCUGAGCUUGGAGUCAGGGUUUGUAUCUCAAGUCCGAAAUCUGGCUGAGUCCUUCCUGCAUACUUUAGUUUUGGUCUAAUGACGGCAUUGUCUUGGCACAUUUGUCGUACUCAGAACCAAACGGCAGACAAUAGUCUUGUGUUAACAAAAGCCGCCGUGGAGCUAUGGAUGAACUCCCAGAUUGAAGCCUGAUGGACUGUAGGAUGGAAGCAUGCAGAAGCACUCCGCAGCUCCAAGCACUCCCCGUGGGCCUGCCCACCCCAUGUGUACCUGUGCGGGGACAGCAGCUAUGCAGGUUGGCCAUUUCAGAUCCCAGAAUGUGCGUGUGAAACGCAGAUUCACGCCCCUCGAGUUUAUUUGGGUCAUCAUUGUCCUACAUAUGUCUGGAGUUCUUCAUAUGCAACCCCACACCCCAGACACUCUUAAGCACAGCUUUGUAAUUUUUAAAAGAAGGCAAAGUCUACAGGAAAGAGAAGCAUGUAAAUAUGUACCAGUGCUUAUGAAGUUGUUAUUGUCUGUAUGUAGAAAGGAUGUGCACUGGAAAGGGAAAGUGGCUCAAUGAAUGUUUUAAAUAAUACUUCACGUACCAAACUGCAUUUGGUACAUUCAGGAAAGCACACAUUCAGUUGCAAUGCCAAUUCUUCUCUUCAGAUAUUGUUCUUAUUCAUGUAUCAUAGGCACCUUCUUUUCACCUGAUUACAAAAUCCAGCAUUUCAGGAUUGGGCUUUUGCAAAACAAAAAAGAAGAAGAAGGGCUUCCCUGGUGGCGCAGUGGUU